UCGCUCCUCCCGGCAGCAGAUGGUCUCUCUCUCUUGCCCUCGCCCGUCCUCUUGCUCGCCCACUGGCAGAUGGUCUCUCUCUCUCUCUCUCUGAGGAUGACAGAACGUGCCAGGCGUCGUCGAGCAGAGAGGCAAUAAAGUUUACAGUGAUUUGAAUUUAGAAUUUUUGAAUGUUGGCGGCCGACAGGAUGAUGCUGAAUGAUCGGUGGACCAUCAUGAACAACAGCAGCUCAGAGCUCGACAGCAAGCGGCCAAACAAGCACAAGAAGGUGUGCAGCUUCCUGUUAUGGUCUGGUGGCACGUUGGUCAUCAUCGCAGUCAUUGUUGCAGCAACAGUUGCCAUCUUGUACCUGAACCACUAUCCUCUACCCUUCAUCAGCAGGGGGGAAGUGUCCUCAUCUGUAGUUUCAACCAAUCCCAAAGAGUCUGGGCCCCUGGUGACAGUGUCACGUGUUGCAGACGGAGAGCCAAUCAGCAUCUUCCUGGACCCAAACUGUCCGGACUUUAGUGAGCACUUCCUCCGAUGGGAGGUGCUGCAGAGCUCGCUGCUACGGGCGCUGACCAAUUACAAUGCAGAUGAUUGGCAGGACCACGGAUUUGUCCAGAAGCUGGAGGAGGAGCUAAAGGUGUUAUUAGGCCACACCCACAACCUGAGAGUGGAAGCUGAUUUGCUGAAAAGAGGCCAAGGUGUUCUGGACCAACGAUUGGACAGACUGCAGAGUGAACAGAGCCGCAUCGUCAAGGUGAUGUCUGACAAUCACUCAGGUGUGUUGAAGUUGGUGGCAGGUUUCAGUGAUUCUCUGCUCAGCCUGCAGAGGGAGACAGAUAGUCUGAGGAGCCUGAAGAGUGAGCUGAGCAAAGACAGCACUCUCACAGUUUUGGUUUGA